AUGUAUCGCCUGCUUACAGUCGCCUCUUCCCUCCUCGCCGUGGCCUCCGGCCAGCUGGUCGGCACCCAGCAAACCGAAACCCACCCCGGGAUGACCUGGCAGCAAUGCACUGCCAAGGGUAGCUGCACGUCCAAGAAUGGAAAGGUUGUGCUUGACGCCAACUGGCGCUGGCUCCACACCAAGACUGGCUACACGAAUUGCUACACCGGGAAUGAGUGGAACUCGACGCUUUGCGCGGACAACAAGUCUUGCGCCUCAAACUGCGCCCUUGAUGGAGCCGACUACACUGGCACCUACGGCAUCACUGCUAGCGGCAACUCGUUGCAGUUGAAGUUCGUCACUAAGGGAUCCUACUCGACCAACAUUGGCUCCCGCACCUACCUGAUGGCCGACGACUCCUCCUAUCAGAUGUUCCAGCUGGUUCCCGACCGGGAAUUCACCUUCGAUGUCGACCUUUCCAACCUGCCCUGCGGUCUGAAUGGUGCGCUGUACUUUGUCUCCAUGGACGCCGACGGCGGCAUGAAGAAGUACUCGACGAACAAGGCUGGAGCCAAGUAUGGAACUGGAUACUGCGAUGCCCAGUGCCCGCGUGAUCUCAAGUUCAUCAACGGCGAGGGCAACGCCGAGGGCUGGAAACCUUCCUCCAACGACGAGAACGCCGGUGUCGGUGGCUACGGCUCCUGCUGCGCUGAGAUGGAUAUCUGGGAGGCCAACUCGGUGUCGACUGCUGUCACGCCGCACUCUUGCAGCACGAUCGAGCAGAGCAGGUGCUCUGGUGAUGGCUGUGGCGGAACCUACUCCGCGGACCGAUACGCUGGUGUCUGCGACCCCGACGGCUGCGACUUCAACAGCUACCGCCAGGGCGACAAGACCUUCUACGGCAAGGGCAAGACGGUCGACACGAGCAAGAAAUUCACCGUUGUCACGCAGUUCAUCGGCUCCGGCGCCAGCAUGGAAAUCAAGCGCUUCUACGUCCAAGGCGGCAAGGUCAUCCCCAACUCGGAGUCGACCAUCGCAGGCAAUCCCGGCAACUCUAUCACCGCGUCCUUCUGUGAUGCCCAGAAGGUGGCGUUCGGCGACACCACGUCGUUCCAGGACAAGGGCGGAAUGGCCAACAUGGCUUCCGCGCUCCAGACUGGUAUGGUCUUGGUUAUGUCCCUGUGGGAUGACCACUACGCCAACAUGCUCUGGCUCGACUCGACCUACCCGACCGACAAGUCCGCGGACACGCCCGGCGUUGGCCGUGGCGAGUGCGAGACUUCGUCUGGUGUCCCGGCUGAUGUUGAAAGCGCAAGCGCUAGCGCGUCUGUUACCUACUCCAACAUCAAGUUCGGCCCCAUCAACUCCACCUUCGGUUAA